UAUCGAUAAUAUCACAUUAAUUGAUAAGUAAAGGCAUACGGUAUCAGUGUGAGCUUAGUCAGUCAUGUGACCCGCACCACGGCCGUCGUCAUGGUCGUCAUAGCCCAUACCGCACCCUGGCUUGUGGGAUGCGUCGAUACCGCCGCCAUCUUGCCUAGGUGCUCUGACUGGUUCAGACCUGUGUCAGACUCGGCAAAAAUGCCACAUUUUUGCUCUGCAUUUGGGUGUACGAACGAGAGAAGUGUUAAAACCAAGCAGAAGGGAAUAACAUUCCACAGUUUCCCAAAAAACACAGAUAGGAGACGGGCAUGGGCAGCAGCAGUGAGGAGAAAGGACUUUGUUCCAAGUGACUCCUCAGUCAUCUGCAGCUGUCACUUCACACCUGAGGACUUCGACAGGACUGGGCAGACUGUCCGUUUAAGGGACGGAGUGACUCCCUCUGUAUUCAAUUUUCCCGAGUAUCUCUGCAAAGUGCCCAGUACAUCCAGGUCAACCAGGACAUCCCAAGCUGCUCUACAAAGUCCUGAUGUUCAGGUUCAGCCACCAGACAACCAGGAGGAGUCAACCUCAGAUCAUCAGUAUGCCCUUGACCUGACUGAUGUUAAACGGAAGUUAACUGAGGCACAGGAGAGGGUGGAUGAAUUGCAGAGAAAAUUGCGAAAUGCCAGGGAUCGAGAAAGAAGGCACACUAAAACAGUGAAAUCCCUGCUCCAGGAUUUAAAAGAGAAAAAGCUGCUUACAGAGGAACUGCAGCACACUUCUUCUAGGACCUCUCAAAGCUCCUCUAGAACCUCUAAAAGCUGCUGUAUGACCCCUAAAUCUUCCUCCAGGACCCAUAAAACGUCCUCUAGGCCCUCGAAAACUUCCUCUAGGACCUCUAAUACUUCCUCCAGGACCUCUAAAUCGUCCUCUAGGACCUCUAAACAUCUUCUAGGAACCCUGAAACACUCUCACGUCCUCUAAAACCUCCUUCAGGACCUCUAAAGCUUCCUCCGGGUCCCCUAAAACCUUUUCCAGGACUCCUAAAAAUGAUACUACUGUACACUGUAUAUAUUUUUUGUAAAUAUGACCUAAUAAUGUAAACAGUUCUGUGUCCAGGCUCUCAUGAGCACUGUGGUGUUAUACAUAUGAGAUUAAAGCAAACUUUUGUGUAAACAUGCAGCUCUAAGUCAUUUAUUUUCACUUGUACAAAACCAACAUUUGUUAAUCAGAAUGUGUAACUACACUGCAGCUCGGCACAUCCCUGCUGAUACACUAUUUUUUGCACAUUGUGUGACUUAAAAUGUGAAUAAACAUUUAUAAUCAAAAUUAAUAAUUAAAUGACAUCAUGGUGGCCAUUGGACAUCUAGUAAGAAAAAAGAAUAUUUAUUAUAUGGGGAAAGUUUAGUUUAAAUGUGUUGUAGAACUAUUACUGUUACUUUAUCUACAUAAGAUCAAAUAUUUUGGUAUGAAAAGCUGCAUUUUUUAUGUAACCAAGCAUCCUGUAUCAAAACUACAUGUCUGACGAUUAAUCAUAGUCUCCUGCCUCAACAGACAUACAUGCAUUAGGCAACUUAAAAUCUGUAUUUGAACACAGUUUAUGUGGUGCUGGAUUGUGAUGUGAUGCUUGAUCUGAUGCUUGGACUGACUGCUGGACUUUGGUCUGAAUAUGUCUUGAAUACUUGUUUUUCCUUUUAUUUUCUAUUUUAUUUAUUUAUUUAUUUUUAAAUCCUGUCUGUGUCAUGACCCCCUGGCUUAUUUUGCUGAAUGCACUCUGAAUUUGCACGAUGGCUACUAUGUGCAUUUGUAAAUGAUGUGCAACAUGUUCAAUAAAAAAUGUUCAAUAAAAAAUAAAUAAAAAUACAUGCAGCGCGGCUCCACCUGGGCAAGAUGGCGGCCGCGUUGAUGUAGCCGUUUGAAUGCGGCAUCUACGUAUAU